CCCCCCCCCCCGCCCCCCAAAUCCACUGCCUUUCCACCAUCUCCCUAAAGAGGCUCGAGCCCGGACGCCGCUCGCUGGCAGCAAUGCACCGCCGGGGAGUCGGGGCCGGCGCCAUCGCCAAGAAGAAGCUGGCCGAGGCCAAAUACAAGGAACGUGGGACAGUUUUGGCUGAAGACCAAUUAGUCCAGAUGUCCAAGCAGCUGGAUACAUUUAAAACUAACCUCGAAGAGUUUGCCAGCAAACACAAGCAAGAGAUCCGUAAAAACCCACAGUUCAGAGUCCAGUUCCAGGACAUGUGUGCAACGAUUGGGGUUGAUCCCCUAGCCUCUGGCAAAGGAUUCUGGUCAGAAAUGUUGGGUGUUGGAGAUUUUUACUACGAGCUUGGCGUUCAGAUUAUUGAAGUCUGUCUAGCCCUAAAGCACAGAAAUGGAGGGCUGAUAACACUGGAAGAACUUCACCAGCAAGUGCUCAAGGGGAGAGGAAAAUUUGCGCAAGACGUCAGCCAAGAUGACCUCAUCCGGGCAAUUAAGAAGUUGAAAGUUCUAGGAAACGGCUUUGGGAUCCUUCCUGUUGGUGGGACCUACCUGAUCCAGUCUGUGCCGGCUGAACUAAAUAUGGACCAUACGGUUGUGAUACAACUUGCUGAGAAAAAGGGGUACGUGACCAUCAGCGAGAUCAAGUCGAGUUUGAAGUGGGAGGCGGAACGGGCGAAGCAAGUUUUGGAUCACUUGCUGAAAGAGGGCAUGGCGUGGCUCGAUACACAAGCUCCAGUGGAACCACAGUACUGGCUACCUGCCCUCUUCACAGAGCUUUACUCUCAGGAAAUCACACCGGAAGAAGCGAAGGAAGCUUUGCCUUGACAGCCGAACAGGGGACUGAUUUAUCUGGACAUUUUCCUUUAAAUGGGAUGACACUUUUUGCAUUCACAUGAUAAAGCUGAGUCACAUCGAAUGCCUAUAUUCUCUCUCUCCUCCCGCCCCAAGUCUUUAGAAGAAAACGUCUGUGUUACCAAACACUGCCAAGCAGGUAUAUUUAACACUGAUUUUGGUGCUUCUGCACGAUGGAGAGACUAAUUUCGUUAGCAAGCUGUUAGUCCUCAUGACUGGAAAGGUGUGAAUGUGGGUUUUUCUUUCUCCUUGAAGACUUAGAAAGUGGAGAGGAUUGGAGUCAAUGUAUGUGUUGUAAGCGUCUCUCCCUCCUUUCCCCCAUUUCCUAAUUACAUCGUUGUAUACUUGAUUUAACUCUGUGUACACUGGUUGCCUUCCCUAGUAAGGGUUCCUUGUCUAUCUCGCAAUAAGGUGAGAGAACCCCAUCUUUAAAUGGUGAAACAGCCAAGAUUCUAUACUGUUCCUUACUGGGGCUUUGGGAAAGGGACCAAAUAAUUUUACUAUUCUGUACAUUCUCUCAUGCCCCAUUACAGUGUUGAAAUCGUCCUCAGUUUGUGUUUCUUAAAAAGCCAGUUUCUAGUCCUGUGAUGACGGAGCUUUAAAAUUAUUUGAAUUAUUGGAGUCUAGCAGCUCUAGAUGUAUUUUCAAAUUCUGUCAUCUUCACAACCGGGAAGACAAGAGGAUGGGGACAGGAAGAGAAUUGCUUGUACCUUUGUAAAGUGAAAUCUACUCACUUUUAUUCUUUGCAAAUGCAGUAAUGUGGAUUUCACGCAACUGCCUUAA